UUUUGACAAAGAGUUUGUGUGUUUCUCCACCAGCUGAUCACAGCAUGGCGCUGUUCCCAUUCUGCAAGACACCCACAGGAGCCAUCCGAGUGUCCAGGAUGCAGCUGCUCCUGUACUGUGUUCUACUGUCCCUUAUCAUAUACUUCCUCCAUGGGCGCAAGCUUGGUGGAAAUGUGAGGUCCCCUCAUCCUUACUUUCACUCCAUGGAACUGGCCAUGGCAAGACAAACGACCGAUAUGGAGAAGAGCAAGGCAGCAGCUCCACAAACCCCUGCGCAGACUCCUUGGGGUGCCCCUUUAGUUUGGGGUGACAACCACAACUCAGUCAGGCGAAGGACUGAAUUUGCAGAGCAAGAAAUCCGGAUAGGCCUGCUAGCCCUAGUGGUGGGAACAUAUGCCCAACAUGUGAGACGUUUCAUCUCCUCAGCAGAAAUCUACUUCCUACCCAAUCAGUUGGUCACUUACUACAUUCUCAUUGAUAAUCCUCGCACAUUGGAUCCUCCCAUCAAGUUGGCACCUGGACGGCAGCUGAAAGUGCUUCCCGUUGCGGAGUUCCCAGGCUGGGACAAGUUGGUCUAUCGUCGUAUGCCCCUUUUGGCUGACACCCUCAAAAACCAAAUUGGCAGGGAGGUCGAGUACAUUUUCUGUGCUGACAUUGACCAGGAGUUUCUGGCUCCUGUGGAAGAAGAAAUACUUGGUGAACUGGUUGCUACCUUGCACCCCGAACUCUAUGGCAAACCACGGAAGGCGCUUCCUUAUGAAAAUGAUGAAAACUCAUCAGCUUACGUGAAGAAGGAUGAAGGUGACUACUACUACACCUCUGAGCUCUAUGGUGGGCUGGUUCACGAUAUGUACAGAAUGGCUCUGGGUUGUUCUUUGCUCAUAUUGAAGGACCAGGGAAAUGGCAUAAUGGCCAGCGGCCGUGAAGAGAGCUACCUGAAUCGAUACUUGAUCACUCACCGGCCAACCUGCGUGCUUUCACCAGAGUACAAUUGGUGGGAUUCGGGCCUGGCUGUAGACGUGCCUGAGAAGAGGCUGGUCUCUUUAGGAAGGCAAUGUGAGGCAUUCGAUGCUGAGAAGAGAGAGAAGCACCGAUGUUGA